UAUUCUCUCUCUCUCUCUUUCUCUCUCUCUUAUAAAAGAGUAAAGGGUGGUACUUCUGUUAUAAUGUAAUUCGACCAAGUCCCCAUGUGCCUUGUCUCCGACAACUCUCAUUCUCUCUCUUCUUGAUCUUGGCUCUGGUUCACAUGGUACUUUCUUAAAAUUUCGUAAUUUUAAGGUUUUUCAUCUCAGAAAAAGUCAGGUGUGUACUAACAAUUCUAUUCGAUCUUUAACUCCUUGAGUUCUUGAACUUUAAAAUAUGAUCCCUUACAGUAACACCAGGUCCUAAAUCCUCUCUCCCUCUGUAUUCAUCCUGUUGGUUAAACGUGUGUGUUGUUCAAUUAACCUAGUCACCGGAACUGAAAAGUUGUGCAGAUCAUUUUAAGGUGUGGAUCAUACAAGUGACAAGAAAUGUACAAGCAUCCAAGACAAAAGACUGAGGCUUACACUUUACCUCCUUUUGAGGCCAGCUCUGUUGGGAAACUUAGGUACAUACCGGCUCACAACUCCCUUAAACGGUAUUGCAUGCUCGAGCCAUCAUCAUCAUCACUUGUCUCUCCUGCUUACGCUGUUCUGUCAAACGCUAACAGCUCUGCACAUGAGGAUACGUCCGGCUCUUGUGUAACAGACGAUUUUAACGACAAGAUAAAAGAACUGGAGACAGUGAUGAUGGGACCAGACUCCUUAGACUUGGUCUUCGAUUACAACGACUCCUUUGAUUCAACGUCGUGUCAAGAGACUAAUAGCUGGAGAUCAACUCUAGAGGCCAUCUCGAGACGUGAUCUAAGAGCUGAUCUUGUUUCGUGUGCACAAGCUUUGUCUGAAAACGAUCUUAUGAUGGCACAUUCGAUGAUGGAGAAGCUGCGUCAGAUGGUAUCUGUUUCUGGCGAGCCUAUCCAACGCUUAGGAGCUUACUUACUAGAAGGCUUAGUGGCUAAGUUAGCUUCAUCGGGUAGUUCCAUAUACAAAUCACUUAACAGGUUCCCUGAGCCCGCGAGCACCGAGCUUCUCUCCUACAUGCACAUCCUCUACGAGGUGUGUCCUUACUUCAAGUUUGGUUACAUGUCAGCAAAUGGUGCCAUUGCUGAAGCCAUGAAGGAAGAAAACAGAGUUCAUAUUAUUGAUUUCCAAAUAGGUACUCAAGGGAGUCAAUGGGUUACUCUUAUCCAGGCCUUUGCAGCUAGGCCCGGUGGGCCUCCUCGGAUACGGAUAACGGGUAUUGAUGAUACGACUUCAGCUUAUGCUCGUGGAGGUGGGUUAAGCAUUGUGGGGAACAGACUCGCUAAGCUUGCUAAACAGUUCAAUGUUCCGUUUGAGUUCAACUCGGUGUCAGCGUCAGCGUCUGAGGUCAAACUUAAAGACCUCGGAGUUCGAGCAGGGGAAGCUCUAGCCGUUAACUUUGCCUUUGUGCUUCAUCGUAUGCCUGACGAAAGUGUGAGCACCGAGAAUCACCGGGACCGGUUGCUGAGAAUGGUGAAGAGCUUAUCUCCAAAAGUGGUGACUCUAGUGGAGCAAGAAUCAAACACAAACACGGCUUCUUUCUUCCCGAGGUUCAAGGAGACAAUGGAUUACUAUGACGCCAUGUUCGAGUCUAUUGAUGUGACUCUCCCUAGGAAUCACAAACAGAGGAUCAACGUGGAGCAGCAUUGUCUAGCCAGAGACGUUGUGAACAUCAUCGCAUGUGAAGGAGCUGAUAGGGUGGAGCGGCAUGAGCUCCUAGGAAAAUGGAGGUCACGGUUUGAGAUGGCGGGUUUCAGCUCUUACCCGUUGAGUCCCCUUGUGAACUCCACCAUUAAGAGUCUGCUUAGGAACUAUUCGGACAAAUAUAGGCUGGAAGAAAGAGAUGGAGCCUUGUAUCUUGGUUGGAUGCAACGAGAUUUGGUCGCUUCUUGUGCCUGGAAAUGACACUGAAAACAUUUCACUGUAAUCACAAUCAAAGUGUUUCAACUUGUAUGCAAUUUUAGUUGCUCCCUUGAAUCUUGAAACCGUUAGAAAAAAAAAUUGAUUUUAACC